AUGCAGGUGCCUGUCCUCCAAUUGAGAGGGCUCCUACGGCUGGUUGGCUUAGUUCCCAAUCGCUCUUUUGCAGGGGAAGUGGAGGCUGUGUUUCUGCUCAACUUCAGCCCGAAGUUGGAGGUGAGUAACGCAGAGGGGACGUGCAGGCUGGGCCGCCAUUUCCCAGUGAGGAGACAUUCACACGUCUUACCCCCUGUCCCUGUCCCAGAGCCUGUGAAGGUGAACCCACUGGGGCAGGCUGGGGGAGAAGAGGAAAGUGUGUUCCAGAAGGAACUGUCUGAGGGAUCGCAAGGAUUUCUAAACGUGGGAAAGACGGAAGUAAAUUACUUGUUGAGAAAAUUAUGGUUUGGUUUUGUUUUUUUCAGGUCUAAAGAAAGAACAAAGCAUGUAUAA